GGGGAGCGCGGGCAGGGCGCUCGUAGGGGGCACGCAGGGAGGGCCCAGGGCGCCGCGGAGGCCGCGCCCGGCUAAUCCGAAGGGGCUGCGAGGUCAGGCUGUAACCGGGUCAAUGUGUGGAAUAUUGGGGGGCUCGGCUGCAGACUUGGCCAAAUGGACGGGACUAUUAAGGAGGCUCUCUCGGUGGUGAGUGACGACCAGUCCCUCUUCGACUCCGCGUACGGCGCGGCCCAUCUCCCCAAGGCCGACAUGACCGCCUCAGGGAGUCCUGACUAUGGCCAGCCCCACAAAAUCAACCCCCUCCCACCACAGCAGGAGUGGAUUAAUCAUCCGGUGAGGGUCAAUGUCAAGCGGGAGUAUGACCACAUGAAUGGAUCCAGGGAGUCUCCGGUGGACUGCAGUGUUAGCAAAUGCAGCAAGCUGGUCGGUGGGGGCGAGUCCAACGCCAUGAACUACAACAGCUACAUAGACGAGAAGAACGGCCCCCCUCCUCCCAACAUGACCACCAACGAGAGGAGGGUCAUCGUCCCCGCAGACCCCACGCUGUGGACGCAGGAGCACGUGCGGCAGUGGCUGGAAUGGGCGAUAAAGGAGUAUGGCUUGAUGGAGAUCGACACAGCCUUUUUCCAGAACAUGGACGGCAAGGAACUGUGUAAAAUGAACAAGGAGGACUUCCUCCGAGCCACCUCCCUCUACAACACCGAAGUGCUGUUAUCACACCUCAGUUACCUCAGGGAAAGUUCACUGCUGGCCUAUAAUACAUCCUCCCACACAGACCAAUCCCCACGACUGAGUGUCAAAGAAGACCCUUCUUACGACUCAGUCAGGAGAGGAGGAUGGGGCAAUAACAUGAAUUCUGGCCUCAACAAAAGUCCUCCCCUGGCAGGAGCACAGACAAUGAGUAAGAAUACUGAGCAACGGCCCCAGCCAGAUCCCUAUCAGAUCCUGGGCCCAACCAGUAGUCGCCUAGCCAACCCCGGAAGCGGGCAGAUCCAGCUGUGGCAGUUCCUCCUCGAGCUACUCUCCGAUAGUGCCAAUGCCAGCUGUAUCACCUGGGAGGGGACCAAUGGGGAGUUCAAAAUGACGGACCCCGAUGAGGUGGCCAGGCGCUGGGGGGAGCGGAAAAGCAAGCCCAACAUGAAUUAUGACAAGCUGAGCCGGGCCCUCCGAUACUACUAUGACAAAAACAUUAUGACCAAAGUGCAUGGCAAAAGGUAUGCCUACAAAUUUGACUUCCACGGCAUCGCCCAGGCUCUGCAGCCGCAUCCAACUGAGUCGUCCAUGUACAAGUACCCUUCUGAUAUCUCCUAUAUGCCUUCCUACCACGCCCAUCAACAGAAGGUGAACUUUGUCCCUCCCCACCCCCCCUCCAUGCCCGUAACUUCCUCCAGCUUCUUUGGAGCAGCCUCACAAUACUGGACCUCCCCCACAGGUGGAAUCUACCCCAACCCCAAUGUCCCCCGCCACCCUAACACCCACGUGCCCUCACACUUAGGCAGCUACUACUAGAAGCUUAAUCAUCGGUGGGCCUCUUCUCCCUGAAGCCCCAGCCCUCACACUUCCUGGAACACUUUGGACACUCAUGACUUUGGAGACCAAACAAAACUGGAUGUUCUUUCUUGUUGGAACCUUUGUAUUUGUUCUUUAUAAAAACAAACCUUUUCUUUUUUAAUGUUGGCAUCUUCUGCUUUGUCUACCUUGAACAAAAAAAAUGAUAAUUCUGUGGGCCAGUAGGACAGUUUGAAUUCUCAAUCUCCUAUCAUCUUAUGAGUUGAAUACCUAGAUUACUGGAAUGGUUGUGUCAUGGUUCUAUGGUGGAAACUGUAAAUUUCUUUUAUAUUUUUAUGACCAAAGCAGCUUCUUAUCAACACACGGGUCUUAUCAUGGACCUUGAAGGAUUCAGUAUGACAAGGAAUCUUGGACUCAACCAGUUAGGCUCUGGUUUGAGACUUAGUGGAAGUAGAGACAGGAAAUUUAUGAUCUUGUUUUGGGAGGACCCAAUUCAGUGGAUGGCAACUGGAAUCAUUGGUUGUAAGGUCAGUGAAGUUUUCAGCCAACUGGAAUUUAAAAGAAAAAGCCUGUGUGUAUGUAUUUAAGGAGCCAAGAGGAUCACAAAAGUCCUCUCAGUAGGCAAUGUGUGCUAGGCUGACUGUUCUCUCUAGAAACAGUCAACAUAUGGACUAAGAAAUGUUAAUGCAACUAGAAACAGUCAAGACAUGAACUAAUAAAUAUUAAUGCAAGUGCAGACACUCCUGAAAGAUAGAGUGAUAAAUAACUUUUUUUAAAAAAAAUAAUGACAGUGGGUCCCAGAACUUUGAAAAGCCUUAGGGAUUUCUAAACACAAACAGAUCCGCAAGCGCUGUGCGCUUGUCAGAGCAUCGGUCCAGGGUCACCCAAUCCAGAGACAGUUUACUGUAUAAAUUAUGCAGAGUUAUUUUCCUAUAUCUCACAGUAUUAAAAAUAAAUAAUUAAAAAAUUAAAAAGAAUAAAUAAACGAGUUGACCUCGGUCACAAAUACAAUGUUACUAUCAAAUCAGUUGUUGUUAUUUUUUUAAGUGUAAUUUGUACAUCUUUUGUCAAUCUGUACAUUUGUGCUGUUUGUACGUUUUUAUAGCUGGGUUUUAAAAAGUCAUAAUGUGAUUAUUGCUGCAAAAAAAAAAAAAAUACGGACAUUGACAUCGCUGACUUACUAGAACAAGAAGCACUGGCAAAGAUAUUUAACAGCCUGGACAAGCAAACAUUGUGCUCCAUUUAAAUCUUUAUGCUUUUGGAAGUGUUUGUAAAUAACAUACUGCAAUCACCACAACUUUGAAAAGAGCAACCGAAGCUUCCUUUGUGGAUACAAGGGAUUUUCCUGCCCCCGUAUAUGCAAUAUAUUUUUUAGAUAUUAAAAUAUAUAUAAUUUUACAGGUAACCGUUGACCUUUUUAAACUAUAUUAAGUGUUAAGCUGACAACUGUCCCUGAAGACUCUGUUGUGAAGUAAUUUGACUGAAUAAAUCAUGCCUUCUCUCAGAACCGAGGACGUCAUUUUCUUACUUACCCCUCCCAUAGGCACAGGGUCUUCCCAGUGGAAGUUUUCCAUUUACCUUUUGCACCAUGAAGAACUUUUCAGACGGACAAACUGUAU